UCAUAACGUGGAAAAAGCUCCUUCACACAAUAACCGUCUCCAACAACCAAUCCACUCCUCGGCCACUGUGUGAACCCCAGACAAUAAUGAGUCUUCGUUCUCGCUCAAGCACCAUGUCCUGCUCUGCUCUUCCUCUCCAGCCUCACUCCCGCCAAUGCAACACCCCACUCCCUCCAUCACCUCCUUCUCUUCCAAUUUUACUCCAAAGUUAUUCCCCAAAUUACACCUCCGAGCCUUCCCUCCCAAACCCUCCAACAAGUUCAAGUUCAAGCCACUCUCUUCUAUCAACCCAAGCCCAAGCCCUAAUCCUUCCCCUAAAACCCCGACCAUAAUCUCCAUCCUCCGAUUCAUCCCCGACUGGGCCGACCGCAUCAAGGAGCAGGGCAUGAAGCGCCGCCGCGAGCUUUACAACCACGAGAAAUGGGUGUUUCAUCGGAGCUCUCUCCGUCACAUCCGCCAUCUCCUCUCCAGCCUUCAAUCGCGCGUCAUUCUGUCGUUGAUACCACCCGUGAUUGCAUUCACUUCGGUUGCGGCCGCCGUUGCUUGCUACAACACUGCCCUUGACAUGCACUGGUUGCCUGGGUUCUUGCCGGUGUUGAGGGCGUCGUCGCUUCCGUACCAGCUGACGGCGCCUGCCCUGGCCUUGCUUCUGGUGUUUCGGACGGAGGCUUCCUACUCCAGGUUCGAGGAGGGGAGGAAGGCUUGGAUGAGAGUGAUUGCGGGGACUGAUGAUUUCGCGAGGCAGGUCAUUUCUGGGGUUAAGAAUUCCGGCGAUGCUGCUUUGAAGAAUGCGCUUUUGCAGUACAUUAUGGCGUUUCCAGUAGCUCUCAAGUGUCAUUUGAUUUAUGGCUCAGAUAUUGACAGAGAUCUGCAGAGGUUGCUUGAAGUGGAUGAUCUAGCUGUAGUACUCAAUUCAAAGCAUAGGCCUCGGUGUAUUAUUGAGUUCAUCUCUCAGAGUAUUAACUUGUUGAGCUUGGAGGAGGCUAAGAAGAAUAUGUUGGAGGCAAAGAUUUCUUGUUUCCACGAAGGACUUGGCAUCUGUGAACAGCUGAUGGGAAUUCCAAUCCCCCUCUCAUACACUCGCUUGACAUCAAGGUUUCUAGUACUCUGGCAUUUCACUCUUCCAAUCAUACUUUGGGAUGAUUGCCACUGGAUCGUGGUUCCGGCUACUUUCAUCAGUGCUGCUUCCUUGUUCUGCAUAGAAGAAGUUGGUGUUCUCAUUGAGGAACCGUUUCCUAUGCUUGCCCUUGACGAGCUUUGCAAUUUGGCACAUAAAAACAUUGAGGAAGCUAUUGCAUUGGAGAAAGUUAUUCAAACACAAGUUAUGGCCAAAAGAAAUAAGCAUUCAUUUGAAGGCUCCCAAAACGGGAGGCCUAAUUCCUAAGCAGGCAAAAUCUCAUAUUUACAAACUUCACAGGGAGACCGGGCCUAAACUAGUAAGUUUUGUGGCGGGGACAUUACCUUUGUAGUAUGCAUACUGCCGUAUUUCAUCAGCACUGCAUGGUUGUUGUAAUUGAGCUGUAGGGUUCAGCCAUGUAGAUAGGCAGCAAUGUCCAAGGACAAACUUCAGCCGUUGUAUAUAUUCCUGAUCUUUAAUGUACAGUCUAUCCAUUUUCCGAAUCUGUGCCAAAUCAAAUUCAAUUGCAGGGCAAAGAUGCAAAGAAAAAAAUCAUGCUAAAGCAAUGUUGGGAGGUUGCCAAACUGUUGAGAUCGCGACUCCUCGUAGGUGGCACAGCUCUAUUAUUCUCCUUCAGCCGCUCCCUUGAGUUGCCGGUUACGUUUUCUUGUAAGACAACUCUAUCAUCACAGGCCAGUGUACCCCCUGAGCACAAUGCUCUCAUUUGAAGUCUUUGCCUGCAGAUUCUCCAAUUUAAGUACCUUCCUUUCCACCCCAGAGAGGCAAUACUUGGACAACGAUCUUUAAGAAGCUCCUCAAGAUCACCAAAACUUCCUCUCAAUAUGUACUAAUGGGCUUCUUUUUUUUUUUUUUUUAAUCAAUGUCUGGUAAAUCUUCAGCUUUCCAAGAAAACAGUAAGGGCUUGGAUUGAUAUUGAUGUUUGAAUAAUUGCUCCCUGGUAGGGAAAUUAUUAAAGAUUUUAGAGCACCAUAUUAGUGUUUUAGUGGUUUUAGGCCAUGGUCAGAUUAUGGGUGAAGUAUCGCAACAAGCCCCCUUCAUUUGGUCAGCGAAGAAAAAUUUUCUAGAAGAGAGGAAAUGAAUGGCGAUAGGGGAAGGAAGGUACAAGAGUGAACCGCUGGUGUCGUGAGUUGCAGGGGAGUGCUUGUUUAGUCCCACAUCGAAAUAAUAAAAAGGGAUGUGCGAAGAAGGCAAUAUAAAAAAAGAAAGACUGCAAAGUGAGCCAUACUUACCUGGACGGGGUCAAUGGGUGAUCAAGAAUGCCCAUGGCCUAGGUCAGUGACCUCCAUUGCACUCUGGAGGGGUGCUGCCCUAAGGUCUCCCCAGUGAGGGAGAGCCUACGUCAUAAUUUGUUGCAGUGGGGGCCUGCGUUCGCGCGGCCCCUAC